UUCUGGAUGUCAAUAUGCGGCUUGGUGCGGCGCUGGGUAACGGGACCACUGGAAAGAUGUAAACCAAGUCACCAGCAAAGACCAGCCUAAACGAUAACACUAAAACGUUACCUCCGGAGAAACCUCACCUCGGGUCCGAUAAACGGAGCCACGCCAGCGGGCAGCUCGUUGAGUCGCUAUCCCCGAAGCAGCGGAGCGCCUGCCUCAAGCAGCCAUCUUUUGUGAGAGAAUGUACGGGGCGACACGGCGGGCCUGCUCGGGCUCCGACCGGGGCCGGAGCCUCCUGAUGCCGACAACCGCGCUCCUGCUCUCGGUUAUCGGGCUGCUCUCCGGGCUGCCGGGGGUCACCGAGGCGAAGGAAUGCGACAAACCUUGCAUGAACGGCCAGUGCAACACCGCCACUGGCAACUGUGUGUGCUUCCCCGGCUGGGUUGGGGACCAAUGCCAGCACUGCGGUGGGAGAUUCAGGUUGACGGGGCCCUCUGGUUACCUGACUGACGGUCCAGGAAACUACAAGUACAAGACCAAGUGCACCUGGCUGAUCGAGGGACAGCCCAACACCAUACUCCGAUUACGGUUCAACCACUUUGCCACUGAAUGCAGCUGGGACCACCUUUACGUGUACGACGGGGAUUCCAUUUAUGCCCCCCUUCUCGCUGCUUUCAGUGGUCUGAUUGUUCCUGAGCGUUAUGGGAAUGAGACAGUUCCUGAGGUGGUGUCUCAGUCCGGCUAUGCCCUGCUGCACUUCUUCAGUGAUGCUGCCUACAACCUGACUGGCUUCAACAUUUCCUACAGGCUGAAUACAUGUCCCAACAACUGCUCUGGCCGCGGCGAGUGUCGUGUGGGGAACUCCACCGGUUCAGCGUACUGCCAGUGCGAAGCCAACUGGAAAGGGGAAGCCUGUGACGUCCCCUACUGCCUGGCUGACUGUGGCUACCCUGAAAGAGGGCACUGCCAGGACAAGACCUGCAUCUGCAAGACCGGAUGGCAAGGUCCAGACUGCGCCAUAUCCAUGCCUGCCAACUCCUCCUUCUGGAGCCGGGAGGAGUACACCGAGGCCGGGCUGGCCAGGGCUUCCCACAAGGCCACGGUGGACCAGGGCAUCAUGUGGGUCAUUGGAGGCUAUGUCUUCAACGCCUCCGACUAUCAUAUGGUCAAAGCGUAUAACCUUAGUGGCAAGAGCUGGCUGACCCUCGACCCCUCCGUUAACACUGUCACACCACGAUAUGGCCACUCACUGGCUCUGCAUGAGGGGAAGAUCUACAUGUAUGGAGGGAAGAUUGACUCCACAGGAAACGUGUCCAGCCAGCUGUGGGUUUUCCACAUCCAGAACCAGACCUGGGUCCUCCUGAGCCCCCGGGCCAAGGAGCAGUAUGCCGUUGUGGGACAUUCGGCCCACAUUGUGCCUCCCAUCCAGGAGGGGGCCAGUCCCAUCAUGCUGGUUCUGUUUGGACACUGUCCUCUGUAUGGUUACAUCAGCCAAGUGCAGGAGUAUGACAUUGGCACGAACACAUGGAGCAUGGUGUCCACAGUCGGUGCGCUGGUCCAGGGUGGCUACGGCCACAGCAGUGUCUUUGACCCCGGCACCAGAGCCAUCUAUAUCCAUGGAGGCUACAAGGCCUUCAGUGCUAACAAGUACGGCCUGGCUGGAGACCUGUACAAGUUUGAUGUGGACAAGAGGAAAUGGACCAUUCUGAGAGACAGCGGCUUCUUCCGUUACCUCCACACAGCGGUGAUUGUGAGUGGGACGAUGCUGGUGUUUGGAGGAAAUACGCACAACGACACAUCCAUGAGCCACGGUGCCAAGUGUUUCUCCUCUGACUUCCUGGCCUACAGUCUGGCAUGUGAUGAGUGGACAGUGCUGCCUCGACCGGACCUCUACCACGACGUCAAUCGCUUUGGACACUCUGCGGUCUUCAGUGACAGUGUUAUGUACGUGUUUGGAGGCUUCAACAGCUUGCUGCUCAGUGACGUCCUCAUGUACACCUCGCCCAGCUGCUCUGCCUUCUCCAGCUCGGCGUCCUGCAACCAGGCCUGGCCGGGGAUCCAGUGCGUCUGGAACAACACCCAGGGGACCUGCCUGCCGUGGGAGAGCAUCACUGUCGGAACCGAACAGCAGCAGCAGCUACCAGCCUCCUGUAACACACGAUCAUAUGCUGAUAACGAGAGGUGUGACCAGUAUACAGACUGCUACAGUUGCACUGCAAACACAAACAGCUGCCAGUGGUGCACCGGCCAGUGUGUGUCUCUGGGAAGCAACUGCACCUCUGCCACGGGGGCCAUAGGAGAGUAUGAAGUUUGCCCCAAGGACAACCCCUCAUAUGUGUGCAACAAGAAAACCAGCUGCAAGAGCUGCGCUGUGGACCAGAACUGUCAGUGGGAACCUCGCAACCAGGAGUGCAUCUCACUGCCAGAAAACGUUUGCGGUGAAAGUUGGCAUCUUGUGGGCAACUCCUGCCUGAAAUUCAUCACGGCAAAGGACUCGUAUGACAACGCCAAGCUGGCCUGCAGGAGCCACAACGCCGUCCUGGCCUCGCUGACCACGCAGAAGAAGGUGGACUUUGUCCUGAAGGAGCUGCAGAUUAUGAGCGUGGUGUACAAAGCCACAGUGACGCCCUGGGUGGGGCUCAGGAAAAUCAACGUGUCGUACUGGUGCUGGGAGGACAUGUCACCCUUUACCAACACCACCCUGCAGUGGCUGCCCGGUGAGCCGAGUGACGCCGGGUUCUGUGGCUACCUGGCUGAACCAGCAUCCAGCGGACUGAAAGCACAAACCUGCAUCAACCCAGUGAAUGGCAGCCUGUGUGAGCGGCCAGCCAACCACAGUGCCAAACCAUGCCGGACACCGUGUGCCAUGAGAACCACCUGCAGCGAGUGCACCAGCAGUAGCUCCGAGUGCAUGUGGUGCAGCAACAUGAAGCAGUGCGUCGACUCCAACGCCUACGUGGCCUCCUUCCCCUUCGGACAGUGCAUGGAGUGGUACACCAUGAAUACUUGUCCACCCUGCAAGUGUAACGGCCACGCCAGCAUGUGCAACCCCAACAACGGCAAGUGCUUCUGCACCACCAAAGGCAUCAAAGGAGAUCGCUGCCACCUGUGUGAAGUCGAGAAUCGUUACCAAGGCAACCCCCUCAAAGGAACAUGCUACUACACGCUCCUCAUCGACUACCAGUUCACCUUCAGCCUGUCGCAAGAGGACGACCGCUACUACACCGCCAUCAACUUCGUGGCCACACCUGAGGAGCCAAACCGGGAUCUAGACAUGUUCAUAAACGCUUCCAAGAAUUUCAACCUGAACAUAACCUGGGCCACUAGCUUCACAGCAGGCACCCAGACCGGGGAGGAGAUCCCCAUCGUCUCUCGGAGCAACAUCAAGGAAUUCAAAGACAGCUUCUCCAACGAGAACUUUGACUUCCGCAACAGCCUCAAUAUAACCUUCUUUGUCUAUGUCAGCAACUUCACAUGGCCCAUUAAGAUUCAAAUCGCCUUCUCCCAGCACAGUAACUUCAUGGAUCUGGUGCAGUUCUUUGUCACAUUCUUCAGCUGCUUCCUGUCCCUGCUCCUGGUGGCCGCCGUGGUUUGGAAGAUCAAACAAAGCUGCUGGGCGUCACGGCGACGAGAGCAACUACUGAGGGAGAUGCAGCAGAUGGCCAGCCGGCCUUUCGCCACCAUCAACGUCGCCUUGGAGACGGACGAGGAGCCACCUGACCUGAUAGGAGGAAACGUCAAGUCCGUCCCAAAACCCAUCGCCCUUGAGCCUUGCUUUGGCAACAAAGCCGCCGUGCUUUCCAUCUUUGUGCGGUUACCCAGGGGCACUGGCGGCAUCCCUCCUCCAGGACAGUCUGGUCUGGCAGUGGCCAGUGCGCUGGUGGACGUCUCUCAGCAGAUGUGUGUGGGUUACAAGGAGAAGUCUGGAGGCCUGAGGAGCCGCAAACAGCAGCCCACCGCACAGCCAUCCACCUGUAUCUGACCACGCCCCCCUGUCCUCCUCUACCACCCCACCACCCAAUGCUCUCCCAUCAGCCCCCCCGCCUCGGCCCCCUCCCUCAGAGACCUCCGCCAGCUGCCGCUCUGGGCAGGCGCAGGGAGG